AUGGAAGAGUUGCCAUCUGAAAGUGAAGUAAAGGAGGCUGUGUUUUCACUCAAUGGGGACAGUGCUAGUGGGCCUGAUGGAUUCACAGGACAGUUUUAUCAGAAGUGUUGGGAGGUUAUCAAGCUGGAUGUGAUUCAAAUGAAUAGAUUGGCAAAGGUUCUUCCUAAUAUUAUUUCUCACAAUCAGACAGGAUUUGUGAAAGGAAGGAGCAUUGCAGAAAACAUAUUACUGUCACAUGAGAUCAUCAGAGAUAUUAACUUGAGAGCUAAACAUAAUAAUGUGUUUGGGUUUGGAGAGGUUCUCAUUGAUUUAGUAUGGAGAUUGCUUUCAAACAACUGGUAUUCAGUAUUAAUCAAUAGUCCAAGUCAUGGUUUUUUCAGAUCAAGUAGGGGGGUAAAGCAAGGUGAUCCACUUUCUCCUACAUUGUUCAUUAUAGCAACAGAGGUCUUAACAAGUCGUCUGAAUAAGUUACAUGAGAAGCCAAGUUUCAUAGGCUAUGGAAUGCCAAAAUGGAGUCCUCAAAUCAAUCACCUAUCAUAUGCUGAUGACACAAUAUUAUUCUGUUCUGGGGAUGGAUAUUCUUUAAAGAUAAUGAUGAGGAGAUUGAGGAAUUAUGAGAAGGCUUCAGGACAGCUGGUCAAUACUGAUAAAAGUUGUUACUAUGUUCAUCACAAGGUCUCAGCCAGAGUUAAUAGCAGGAUUAAAAUACAUACUAAGAUGAGACAUGGAUCCUUUCCUUUCACAUAUUUAGGUUGUCCAGUGUUUUAUGGAAGAAGGAGAUUGAUAUAUUAUGAGGAUUUGAUCAAAAAAGUGAUGAAAAAGAUUCUGUCUUGGCAAAACAAACUGUUAUCUUUUGGAGGUAGAUAUGUGUUGGUCAAUCAUGUGUUGCAAACCAUGCCAGUAUAUUUACUAUCAGCUAUGAAUCCUCCUUCUGGGGUGAUAAAGCAACUGCACAAGAUUUUUGCCAAAUUCUUUUGGAGCAAUACAGUAGGGGUGAAAAGCAAACAUUGGGUGGCAUGGGACAAAUUAUGUCUACCAAAAGAUGAAGGAGGAAUUGGUCUUAGAUCACUAACUGAUAUAUCUAAUGCUUUAUUUGCUAAGUUGUGA